AUGCGGCGCCAGGCAAUAAAAUGGUGGCCAAAGAGGCCGCACUCUGAGCCCCCAUCAACACCGACAUCAUCCAGAGGGGACGACAUCGGCAUUGUCAUCUCCUUUCCCGCAGCGUCGAGUCCGAGAAGAGCCCACCACCUCUCGCCACUCCACGGUUUCAUCCUAGGCCUGCAGCAGCAGCAUCAUCAUAAACAACAACAGCCGCGCGCCCCAGGCAGCCUCCACAUUGAACGCGCCGUGUGCCGGCUCGAAGCCGAGCGGCGGAAACACACGGAGAGGAAGCUCAAACAACGGCAUCAUCAGCGGCACGUUCAGGAAGCUGCCGCGCGCCAUGCAGUGAGCGGCGGCAGCGUACCUGAACAAAAGCUCGCCCGCGCCGAGCCCGAACCAGGCGAGUUUGAUCUCAGCCACUCGAUAUUAAAGCGCGCCUUCACGGCGCUCUCGAUGCCUUUCCUGGCAUAUUACCUCUGGGAUUCCGGUCAGGCGGCGCACUCUGCAUGA